CACCCACUCUCAAAAUGCCUCCAAAAAAGAAGAGGUCUGGUCGGGUUUGUUGGAUUCUCCUGGAGGAAGGAGAGGGAGAGGGAGAGAGGUUUCUGUAUGUUCCUUCAUGUGCUAAUGGAGGGGGCCCACUGGAGGACGGAUACAUUUUAAAUAAAGUUCUAUUUACCAGACCCCAAGAACAUGUGGAGAAUGAUAUUAUUAAAGAUAAUGGUGAUGCAGUCUAUAUUCAUCCUGACACUAUGAGACAUUGUGAUAUUAAGAUUAAUCAAACUGUAAUAAUAAUGAAUUCUAAUUAUGAAUUUUUGUCAAUUGCUAGAGCCUGGCCAAUUAAAAGCAUUGAUAUUCAUAGAGUGAUUGUUAGCAAGUCGUUAUGUGAAAAGGUUAAAAAUGAUUCAUUAAUAUUAAUUAAACUGAUGCCGCCAAAUGUUAAGAUAUUUAAUAUCAAAGAACUAGAAUUAUCGUUAAGGUCCAGCCCCAGCAGUAAUGGCAUUACGGUUGAUGAGUCAUUUAAACACUACAUUGCUGUUAAAAAUGAGGGCACAAUUGUUUCUGUUGGUAGCUUAAUUAAUGUCACUUUCCUUGGACAACAGUGUUCUCUUAUCGUCAAAUCGUUACACGUAUCACAAGACACCAGCCGUACCUAUAUGUCACAUGACACCAGUAGUGUGUCACAUGACUCCAGUAGUGUGUCACAUGACUCCAGUACUAAUAGUUUGGUUGAUGAUAUUUCUUCAUUAUCGUUGUCUUCUGUCCUUUCAUCUACUCCCUCAAAACCGCACCCAGUGACCAUACCCUCACCAUUAAAAGCUACACCUCCACAGAUUCCCUUACAGGAGAUUGGUCGCAUAGCACUAUCCACCAUUGUUACUGUAACCACUUCAGUUACUACUAACGAUAUAGCUAGUGCUAGUCCUACACUGGAUGCCAUUGGAGGGUAUUCUCACAUUAUCCUUUUAUUGAAGCAGCUGGUUCAGUAUCCGUUUGUUUAUCCACAUCUAAUCAGCUCUGGUCAGAUAUCAUUCCCUAGGGGCAUCAUUAUACAUGGGCUCCCUGGAACUGGUAAAUCAUUAAUAGCUGAAGCCAUUAGUAGUAACGUCCCUCUUGUUAAUAUUAAAAUUAUUAAUUCAUCUGAUCUCCUCAGAACCAAUGCAUUACAAUUAAUUGAACUGACGUUACAGCAACUUGAAUCAGGAUCAAUUGGUAUAUUAAUCGUUAAUGAUAUUGAUAAAGUGUGUCUCAAUAAUCAGUUGAUCGUGUCAGCUUUGAUCAAACACUUUGAGACUGUUGCUAAGUUACCUUCUUUACGUCAUUCUGUUGUCUUGGCAACGACCAACAAUUUAAGUUCUGUUCACAUUGAGUUGCGUUGUCCCGGCAGGUUUGACAAGGAAAUAGAAAUGCACCCACCACAGCAGCUGGAAAGGGAAGACAUAUUGAGAAGAAUGAUGGACAAAAUACCUCACACCUUAAGCAGAGAAGACAUCAGAAGUAUAUCAAUGUUAACCCACGGAUACGUUGGAUCAGAUUUGAAGUUAUUGUGUACAACUGCCCAGCAGUUGCUGUUGUCUGAUUUUGAUCCGGAACAAAGUUUUGAUUUCCAUGUCAAUUAUGACGUCAUGUUGAGAUCAUUAAGACAAAUACAACCGACAGCAAUGAAGGAGAUUAUGAUUGAAGUACCCAAAGUACUUUGGAGUGACAUUGGUGGAGAGGAAAAUAUUAAGAAGCAAUUAAUUGAGUCGACUGAUUGGCCAAUAAAGCACCCAGAGGCACUGGAAAGGUUAGGACUGAGGGCAGUGAAGGGCAUCUUGUUGUAUGGACCCCCUGGCUGCUCUAAAACAAUGAUUGUUAGAGCUUUGGCUACUGAAACCUGUUUUAAUUUUAUAUCAAUUAAAGGUCCGGAAAUAUUCAAUAAGUGGGUUGGUGAUUCGGAGAAGGCAAUUAGAAAGGUUUUCAGUCGAGCAAGAGCAGCUGCCCCUAGUAUUGUAUUCUUUGAUGAAAUAGACUCCAUAGCAACACACAGACAGAGUGGUGAUGGGUCUAAAGUUGGUGAUAGGAUCCUAACUCAGUUGCUGACGGAGAUGGACGGGAUCGAGUCUCUUAAAGGAGUCCUUAUCAUUGCUGCUACCAACAGACCGGACAUCAUUGACAAGGCACUGUUAAGGUCAGGGAGAUUUGACAAAAAGAUUUAUGUUCCAUUACCAACUGAAGGAACAAGAAGGGAAAUAUUUAAAAUAAGGUUUAAAACUACUCCAGUAUCAGAGGAUGUUGACAUUACUGAGCUGGUCCUCAAGACAGCUGGUUAUUCUGGAGCUGAAGUCGUUGCUGUUGUAGAGAGAGCUGCUGAAUUGGCUUUAUCUGAUGACAUUAAUUGUUGUUUUGUUAGCAGGUGCCAUUUUGAUAUGUCACUAAAGGAGGUCCUACCUGGAACAGAUGCUAAACUGUUGUCUCUCUAUGAAACAUUUCAAGCUAUGAAUAAUUAAUUAAUGAACACUCUAUGAAUAAAUAAUUAGCAUAUUCUUUUUGAGCGUGGAGAUCCAAG